AUGGAGAUUGCCAGGUGGAUGGGGGUUGACUACAUCUGGAUUGAUGCGUUAUGCAUCAUUCAGAACUCUCGGGACGAUUGGCUUGCGGAGAGCACCAAAAUGGGCGAUAUUUAUACGAAUUCGUUUUGCAAUAUUGCGGCCACGAGCGCCGACCCUCAACAAGGAUGUUUUACAGAGAGGCUCGUCUAUAUGGUGGAGCCAUAUCCCUUACCAAACCCCCAACUACAAGACGGAGAAAAGACAUAUGUCAUUGGUUACGACGACUUUUGGAGUAACAGCCUCUCCGACACGGCUCUGCACACACGAGGGUGGGUUCUUCAAGAGCGCUUGCUAAGUCCACGUACGAUCCAUUUCGGACAGGAGCAAAUCUUCUGGGAGUGCCGGUGUGAGAUGGCCUGCGAAGCAUAUCCUGAUGGCAUCCCCGAGCAGUUUCACAACCGGAAAAUGCAUGCUUGGAGGCAGGCAGACAAAAUCCUCGACCCAGCCCAGAAGCAACCCUCGGAAUUGUCCCUGUUGUCGAAGUACCUACCACGAUUUCUCUCAAAUUGGUUCACCACGGGCUCGAAAGUGGAUGAUUCCUAUUGGGUCUAUGAAGUUUGGAGCAGGAUCGUCGAGGCGUACAUGGAAUGCAAACUGACCUAUGGCGAGGACAAACUCGUCGCGAUCUCGGGUAUUGCCCAAAAAGUCGCCGAAGCCACAGAUGAACGAUACCUUGCUGGGCUGUGGGACAAUGCCAUGCUACCUCAGAGUCUGCUCUGGUGCGUCUUGGGCCGAAGACAAGCUGACGGCACUCCAUCAUUGAGAAGUGCUUCAGCAGGAGACCCCGACUAUCGGGCACCAUCCUGGUCCUGGGCGUCACUGGAAGCCAAGGUGAUCUGGAACUGGCCUGCCAAGUGUGAACAGGUUGUCAUCGACGUUCUGAGCACAGACAUCGAACAGCCCGAGGGAAGCAGAAUGGCCAAGGUGUCCUAUGCACAGAUGAAGAUCCGAGGCGUUCUAGUCGAGGCUUGUCUCCAGGUCGCAAGUCGGGAUAUGGAUGGAGAACCCGAAGAGGACGGACUCUAUACGUUGGUGCUCAACAGUCACGCCGACUCCGAGGACAUGCGACAUUACUCGAUGGAUCCCACCAUCUACCUCGACACCCCGAUGAUGCCAGACUCCGAUUGCAUGGAUGUAUUCCUACUCCCAAUUUGCACACAGUGGCAGGGACGAUCUGGAGUGGAGGCCACAGCCCUGGCUGGCCUGCUGUUGAGAAAGGUGAUAUCGACUACAGGCGGGACGAUGUACGAGAGAAUGGGGAUCUUUGGGCUGGACCACGAUCAGGCUCACGCAUUGUGUGGCUCUCGCCCUGACGAACCCUGGUCUAUCGAAAAUGCGUUGGGGAGAAUGAGGCGAGAAGAUUUAUGUCUCAUAUGA